AGAACAUCACUCAGUCCAUGGAGGUGUUGGACCUGCGGACGUACAGAGACCUGCAGUACGUCCGCAACACAGAGUCCCUCAUGAGGACUGUGGACAGCAGACUGAAGAUCGCCUCGGACAACCCCAGGUCUCUCAACCCCAAGAGCUUUCAGGAGCUGAAGGACAAGGUGACCCAGCUGCUCCCCCUGCUGCCAGUGCUGGAGCAGUACAAGGCGGACGCGCGCAUGCUGGGCAGGCUGAAGGAGGAGGUGCGGAACCUGUCCCUGGUCCUCAUGGCCAUCCAGGAGGAGAUGGGAGCGUACGACUACGAGGAGCUGAGACACAGGGUCCUCCUGCUGGAGACCAGGCUGCACUCCUGCAUGCAGAAACUGGGCUGUGGGAAGCUAACUGGAGUGAGUAACCCCAUCACCAUUCGUGCGUCAGGGUCGAGAUUUGGCUCCUGGAUGACUGACACCAUGAUCCCCAGCUCAGACAACAGGGUGUGGUCGAUGGACGGGUACCUGAAGGGCCGCCGCGUGCUGGAGUACCGCACGCUGGGCGACUUCAUGAAGGGCCAGAACUUCGUGCAGCACCUGCUGCCCCACCCGUGGGCGGGGACGGGCCACGUGGUCUACAACGGCUCCCUGUACUACAACAAGUACCAGAGCAACAUCGUCAUCAAGUACCACUUCCGCUCCCGCAGCGUGCUGCUCCAGAGGAGCCUGCCCUCGGCCGGCUACAACAACACCUUCCCCUACUCCUGGGGCGGCUCCUCCGAUAUCGACCUGAUGGCGGACGAGAACGGGCUGUGGGCCGUCUACACCACCAUCCCCAACGCGGGCAACAUCGUCAUCAGCCGCCUGGAGCCCCAGAGCCUGGAGGUGCUGCAGACCUGGGACACGGGCUUCCCCAAGCGCAGCGCCGGAGAGGCCUUCAUGAUCUGCGGCACGCUCUACGUCACCAACUCCCACCUGGCCGGGGCCAAGAUCUACUUUGCCUACUACACAAACUCGUCCAGCUACGAGUACACGGACAUCCCCUUCCACAACCAGUACUCGCACAUCUCCAUGCUGGACUACAACCCCCGCGAGAGGGUGCUGUACACCUGGAACAACGGCCACCAGGUGCUGUACAACGUCACCCUCUUCCACGUCAUCAAGACCUCCGGAGAUUAGAGUCAAUGCAAGAGGGAAAAAGAUACAUCAAAAAAAACAAAAAACAGUUAAACGAUUAAUAAAAAAGAAAAAAAGAAAAUAAAUGGACACUGUGGAGAUUUUUUCGGGGAGGACUUUUUUUUGUUUUUGUUUUUUUUUUUACUUUAGAAUCUUCAUAGAGUGCUACAUUAUUGUAUAUUAUUUUACGGAGAUUAUUAUUAACACCUACAAUGGGGUCGGGAGAGAGAAAAAAAAGAAGUAAAGAUGUUUAAGGUUGAUCUUUUUCGUUUUCUUUCUGUGGUGAGUGCGCAUGGUGAUUUUUAUUCGUGGUAAGAAAUAAAUGUAAAACUUUACCAUUUAAAAAAACAA